UCUUGUUCUGGAGUGUUUCAGAGUCUGAAUUAAGUGUGCGGGGAAAACCAAUAAUGGAGGAGAAAAAGAAGUUCCCAUCGCUUCCGUCGAACUACGUCACCCUCCAGCAACUCCAAGAACGGAGGCUCAAAGAACAAGAGCAGAGGCAGAAAGAAAAGGAAGACGAAGAAAAAGAACAGCGAAGAAAGCUUGUUGAGGAGAGGAGACUGAAAGAAGAGCAAGAAAUGGAGAGAGAAAAAGAGAAGGAGAGAAAGCUUCACGAAAUUCAAAGAGCGCAAGCGAUAGAAGCCAAAGCCUCCGGUCGGUCGAAUCGGAGGAAUCCCCGUAAUUUAUCGGAGAUGAAACGAUGGAUAGAGAAAGAGAUCGGUUCUGAGAUGCAGAAAGGAGGAGGAGGAGGUUUUGCCAUCGGCAUCGCGGCGGACGGAAGGAUUUCUGAUGAGGGACAUCAACCGAAAGAGUCAAAGCAGAAGCAGAAAGGCAAGAAGAAAACAAUGACUUUGAAGACGGAAGCGAAAUCCGAAUCUGGAGUCCUGGUGCAGUCGCAGGCGAAAAACGGGCAAGAAGGGAAUCAAAUUCGAGUAGAGCCGAAGGAGGAGAAUAAGAGGGUAAGGAAGAAGAACAAGAAAAUGGAGCCGAAGAUGAAGGAAGAAGAAGCUCCAAUUGGAAUAGUGGAAGAGAAGGAGCUCGAGAACGGUGACGAAGAGAGAAUCACAGUUAAAUGCGAUAAAAAGCCCGUGAGGAUGCAGAGGAUCCGCGUCGGAAUCCGGCAGGGGAGCAAAGGCACAGCUGAUGAGAAGGCAGCUAGGGCAUCGGGAGUGAAGGAAUCGGUGAAUUUAACUGUAAAGGUGGUGGAGAUUACGGGGGAGCUUGGGGAUCUUGCGGUUGCUAAUCAUCAUGGACAAGAAGAAGAGGAGGAGGGUCGAUGA